UCGGAGUAAACCUGGCGGGAACAUGGCGCUGCGCCGGCUUGGGAGCCUCCGCGGCUCCGGAGCAGAAGCCGGCCCGCCAUUCCCGUUCCGGGCAUGGCUGGGUCCAGGGCCGCCGCCGCUGCUGCUGCUGCUGCUGUUGCUGCUGAGCCCCGGCCGAUCCGCCGCCGCCUCCUCCUCCUUCCCGGACCGCCGCGGCCCCGUGGUGCUGGGCAUGCGGCUGGAGAGCACCGACCGGCCGCUGUGGGAGCCGGAGCAAGAGACGGAGGCCGGCGUGCUGCAGGUGCAGGAGGGCGCCCAGGUGGUGCUGCGCCUCUACGGGCUGGGCUUGAGCGCCAGAGCCGAGCAGGCGGUGUACUUCGCCGAGGUGGGCCCGCCUGGACCCAACGCCACCCGGGGAGGAGGAGGCAGCGGCAGCCCCAACGCCACCUGCCCGGAGAAGAGCCAGGACCUGGUGGUGCACGCCCACCAUGCCGGCCGGAGCCGGCCCACCUCGGCCCUGAUCGGCUUGCGGGUGCAGCGGCUGCGCAAGGCCGAGCGCUCCAAGCUCUACGUGCUGUGCGCGCGGAGCGAUCCUGAGCUGGCUUGGCGGCGCCUGGAGGGCGAGGACGCCUUCCUGCGCGUGGUGGAGGAGAAGCCGCGCCUGCUGCCCUUGUGGCUCCAGGUGCUGCUCCUGGUGGUGCUGCUGGCCCUCUCGGGCAUGUUCAGCGGGCUCAACCUGGGCCUGAUGGCGCUCGAUCCUAUGGAGCUGCGCAUCGUGCAGAACUGCGGCAGCGAGACGGAGAGGCGCUACGCCCGCCGGAUCGAGCCCAUCCGGCGCAAGGGCAACUACCUGCUCUGCUCCCUCCUGCUGGGCAAUGUCCUGGUCAACACCACCCUCACCAUCCUCUUGGACGACCUGAUAGGAUCGGGCUUGGUGGCCGUCAUUGCCUCCACCUCCGGCAUCGUGAUCUUCGGGGAGAUCGUGCCCCAGGCGCUCUGCUCCCGCCACGGCUUGGCCGUGGGAGCCAACACCAUCGUCCUCACCAAGAUUUUCAUGCUCUUGACCUUCCCCAUAUCCUACCCGAUCAGCAAGAUCCUGGACGUCUUGUUGGGUCAAGAGAUCGGCACCGUCUACAACCGGGAGAAGCUGGUGGAGAUGUUGAAGAUCACGGAGCCUUACAACGAUCUGGUCAAGGAGGAGCUGAACAUGAUCCAGGGAGCUCUGGAGCUCCGGACCAAGACGGUGGAGGACGUCAUGACCCCCAUUCACGACUGCUUCAUGAUCAACAGCGACGGCAUCUUGGAUUUCAACACCAUGUCCGAAAUCAUGGAAAGCGGCUACACCCGUAUCCCGAUCUUCGAGGAGGAGCGAUCCAACAUUGUGGAUAUCCUUUACAUCAAGGAUUUGGCCUUUGUGGACCCUGACGACUGCACCACCCUCAAGACCAUCACCAAGUUCUACAACCACCCUAUCCAUUUCGUCUUCCACGACACCAAGCUGGACGCCAUGCUGGAGGAAUUCAAAAAGGGUAAAUCACACCUGGCUAUAGUCCAGAAGGUGAACAAUGAAGGUGAAGGGGAUCCCUUCUACGAAGUGUUGGGAUUGGUAACGUUGGAAGACGUCAUUGAGGAGAUAAUCAAAUCAGAGAUCCUGGACGAAUCGGAUAUGUACACCGACAACCGCACCAAGAAGCGUGUGAGCCACAAGAAGGACAAGAAAGAUUUCUCCGCUUUCAAAGACAACGACACGGAGUCCAAAGUGAAGAUUUCCCCGCAGCUUCUUCUGGCUGCUCAUCGCUUUCUCUCCACCGAGGUGACACAGUUCACAUCUGCUUUCAUUUCGGAAAAAAUCCUCUUGCGCCUUCUGAAGCACCGCGAUGUCAUCAACGAGCUGAAGUUCGACGAGGAGAACAAGAAGUCUCCCCGCCAUUUCCUCUUCAACCGGAACAAGCCGGCUGAUUUCUUCAUCCUCAUCCUUCAGGGCAAAGUGGAGGUGGAAGCUGGGAAGGAGAACAUGAAGUUUGAAACCGGGCCGUUCUCUUAUUACGGAGUGAUGGCGUUGAGUCCCGUCGUCACAACGCCACCAGACAGAUCCCAGCACCAGUCCAUUAUUCAGAGAGGUUCCUUGCAUUCCAAACUGUCAGUUUCAGAAAUACGUUCUCCAUCUCACAUGAGUAAUCUGAAUCGCUCGGCGUCUCUCUGCUACCAUGAGCGCACCGAGUCCAUCUCGUCCAAUAUCAGUGGGAGCAACAACCAGCUUAAUGUCGUCGCGAGUUCCCAGAACCUCUCAGACUUCAGUGUUCGUGCCCUUACGGAUCUCCAGUAUGUCAAGAUCACACGCCUCCAGUACCAAAACGGUCUCAUGGCCUCCCGCCUGGAGAGCUGCCCCCAAUCCCCCGACGGGAGCCCCCCCAAGCCGGACCCCUCCUUGCCCGACAAGGGGAGCCCCCUCUCCAACAACGAGACGAUUGGCCUCUUGAACGAAAAGAACUGCCAGCAGAAUCAAAAGACGAACCACAACCCUUCUGACAACGUGGUCUGACCCCGGCCUUCAGGGCGGUUGAGCCUUCGGUCCAGCUGGCUUACUUUUCCCCUUUUCCCAAAGAGACGAAGAAGUGCUCGCCGAAGGUCUUGAUUGUGCCGUCUCAUCAACCUCAGGUAGCAGCUUCCACCUGCGCUCUCUUGGCACUCUUUCCGGCUCACCUGCCCUGUUUUUUUUUUUUUGUUUGUUUUUUUUUCCAGCUAGGACAGCCUUGGAAAGCAACAGCCCAGCCACCUAUUCUAAGGUGAGUGCUGGGUCACCUGCAGAAUUCUUCGUUCUUUCCUGCCUGCAUCCAAGCGAGCUGGAUUAGCAGGGUGAGCAGAUUGUCUCUUCCCUGUGCUGGUUUUUAACUCAGCGGAGAGGAAGGCACGAAGCCAGGGGUACCUCAAAGGAGCUGCCUUUUUUCCCCCAGAGUGCCCACUUCUGCUUUCUGCCUUCCUCAGGUGGCACAGAGGAGGCACAGAGGUGUGUGGUGGCACAGAGGAGAUACAGGCUUACGGAGAUGCCAGCCACCCUCUCUUGAUAAGACAGUUGUUUGUUUUCCCAUCUCAGGGAGUUCCAAGACUUCGUUGUUUUGGGAUUAUCUCUUUUUUCCCCCUCCCUCCCUCUUUAAUCAAGCCAUCAGGGUAUUUGAGAGCAGGGAUAGGUGCCUGGCAAGGAAGAACCUACCCAUAGUUUCCAUGCUGGUGGAACCUGUCCCUUCUCCUUCCGUUUUAGGAGAAGGUUUGUUUUCCUGAUUCAACCUGGGGACUCCUUUCGUUCCAGCUUUUUGACUCCUGCUUCAAGGGACCUGAACGAAAUCAGGGAUAGGAUAACUUAACAGCAGGAAAUCAAUUGAAAGUUGCAUCUGGAUGUACAGAUCAAUGCUUCCUCCCUAAGUUUUUAUUUUUAAAAAGCUUCUGCAAAUAGAAGACUUAACGCGGCGAGAUAAAUGUCAGUCAGAGGUACAGCUUUUCCUUCGACGUACUUUCUACCUGCAGGGAAUUGUCUUCCUUUGGGUUAAAUCAUUCUCGUUUUGUUUUUCUUUUUUUAAAAAAAACCAAAACUGGGGAAGAUUUAAAUGAAUUAUCCUCCCUUUUCUGUCUCCAGAGGUACUGUUCAUUUUUGCCAACUCGAAACGGGGCUAUAGUUCUAUAUAGCCGGUCUCAGAUUUCCAGUUUCAAAGGUACCGUAUGCAUUUGUGUGAGUUUCUGGCACAGUCGAUUUGUGGGAUCAGUUUGCAGUGUUUGGGGUUUGCCAAGUGAAGGCAAGAUUAAAAAUAGGAACAUGGGAGAACUGCAGCUGGGAAAAAAAAAAAAAAGGACUGCCAUUCCAGAUCUAAAUGAUUGGAUCGUCUUUUUGGAGACGAUUCAAACACCUGGCUAUAGUAGCAAUCAAUUCCAUUUUGUUAUAUGUAUUUUUCAACCUGACUUGGAUCCAACGUUCUCUGGGUUUAGCUGUGCACCUCCAGUAAACCAUGUUUCAUUGGAUACAGGACAACUGAGUGAAAUUAUUUGAUUAUUACAUUAUCCAAAGAUAAUGUUAUCCGCUUUGUUUUUCUGCAGCUUUUUUAACAAUAAUUGUUUUGCACCGGUUGGAAUCCGAAAUAGGAGCUCAGGGGGUUCGUUUUCAGCGGCCAAAUAUCGUUCAAUUAUACCUUGAUAUAAUCACAAUUACAACCUAGACUGGCACGUGAUUUGGGGAACAACUUGGGGACAACUUCAAAAACAGCUUUUUGUAAACAAGACACUGAGCACCCUUAGUGGAUCAAAGCAAAUAGGCAAAAAUGCCGGUUUCAUGCGUUCGUUGGAACAGGUGUUGCCUCUGAGGCAUCAAUGCUGCAGUCCCAGGCCUUCAGAAGAUGUUGCACACUUGAAAACCAGAUGUUGAAUUGGCACAUCAGCUCUUCACAAGGCUGGAGAGCACUUAUGAAUGUACGCUCAUGCAAUCCCUCCCCUCGUAAUCAGUUACCAUUCAGAAAUAUCUUUUCAAAUUUUGUUAACCGAUCUGGGGAAAACAGAAUGGUUUUGCGCAUCCCGGCUGAACAUUUCCAUCCCUGUGUCUCUGCCGUCUUAGAUUCUCGUGCUUUCUUUUACAAAAGACACCCCCACUUUUCAUUUUGCUUCCUCUGACCUUCCUGGAGUUUUAAAUUCCUCCCCACACCCCCUUUAUUGGGCACAAGGACAGCCUCUAUCCCACCGGAGAACCUCCCAGGAUCUGUAAGGCUUCGCUCCUUUUCACCCCUAGAUAAAUGGGUGAUAUCAACCGGAGCGUUAUGGGACUUGUAAUGAAACACAUCUGGAGGGGAUUAGGUUCAAGAUGGCUGCCUACCCUACCUGAACUCUUGUCUUGAGUUGGAUUUAGAUCACCCACUGACUUUAUGAAUACUUCUGUGUUAUUUUUUUGGCAACGAUAUAGAAGUGAGUUCCCGUCGGUUGUUUUUUUCCCCAGGAUUUUUUAAAAAGAAUUGUCAGUCUAACUUGCAGCUUGGCAUUAUUACCUUGUGGUGUCCUCUUCCCAUCAUCACCAGAUUUGACCCUGUUUUAACUUGUCGGGAUCAAGCAAGGUCGGCCGUGGAAAUCAUGUAACUGUAUUAAAUUAUUCCCAUCUCGUUUUUUGCCCUGUUCUUUCCAGUUGAAUUCACGAGAGUUGUUUCCUGCUCAUCCUACCCUCCUCUUAGACACCUUACCUGUUACUCUUGUCAUCUCAUAAACGAACAAGAACGCUAAUAAUACUAUAUGAGCAAUCAUGCUACAACAGUGCUAAUAGAUGCCAACUAUUAUUUCACCUGCGUCACCUAGUAACCUCUAGACAAUUAAGAACUUAAUUAGGAAUGAAGAAAAUUAAAAUAAUGAAGAACCUUGUGGCGCCUUGUUUAAGAGAACCUUGUGGCGCCUUGUUUAAGGCACUUACUGCAUUUAUUGCAGAAGUGCGUUUUCUCCAGAACCUCAUCAAAUUCUGAGUGAGGUUUAAUCAAUCUGAAAGGGAUUCAUAAAGCAAAGAUGCUUCCUACGUAAAGGGAAAAGUUUAAAGAUUAAUAAUUACAUCGUGCACAGCAGAGGGAGAGGAGCAGCCAACAGAAUUGGGUGUUAGGGGGAAUACUCGGCCCAGCCUAACAUGUCUCCUCCCCAGAGAGGUUGCCCGUUGCAUCUCUGUGCGAUUCCUUCUUCAGGUGUUCCUCGUGCAGGAACUCACGCAGAGAGACCGAUGGUGGGUUUUAUUCUCUCUCUCACCUGUGUCAUGGUUUAUUUGGCAUGCCGAUUUUUAUUUCAUAACUCAGGAUCAAGGUGCAGCUCUAUAUCCAUAGGAGAGACACCUGCAAAUCGAUGUAAACACAACAGGGAACCUCUUGUAGGCCUAGUGCAGCCCAGAAGGAGUUUUUUUGGGGGGUGGGGGGAGGCUUCAGGUUUUGCUAUAACGAAAACAGGAUGGGGAAAUUUUAAGCAUCCAGGGCUGCUGUGGGCAGGGCAACGUUUCAAAGAGGGGAAUUCUUAAAGUUUUCCUUUUUGAGUUUUGCAUCUAGACAAGGGGAAGCUUUUUAAACUCAGUCUGCUCUGUAGAGCUUAUAAUUCUGUGCAUUUUAGCGAUGGCAGUUCAUGCUGCCCAUUUGCACAACUGCCAUUUAAAGGAGAUUCCAGAGGAGAUUGUUGCCUGGCUUUUCCCUGGCAUUCCCCCACCCCAAAUCAGCUGGGGUUACAACGUGGAGAAUUCCCAUCUCCAUUCUUGGAGAUGUCAGACGUUCUCCUUUUAACAGUGCCAGACAAUACCACGAUGGAGGGGCUGGGGGGAAACCUAACAAGGGAAGGCAGCCUGAAGUUGCAUUCUUGGCAAAUCUGAAGAUAAGCAAGAGAAUGUAAGUUUGCUAAUUUUGCUCCCAGCUGAAGUUUCUAUUGAAGUAGAAUUGAUGGUCUAAUUAAGUUGUGCAGCAGGACGGAGUACGGGUACUUUUUAGCAUCAGCUUUGUCACAAGGAAGCCACCCUCCCUGCACAACUGCGUAAGGAAAAACGACGUGUGUCCGAUUCUGCCUACGUUGAGCCUCAGCAGUGGGAGUUUUGCUCUUCAGCUUGGAGAAACCAGACAGUAAAACCAGUGGGUCUUCCAAGAUGCAGGCAUGAAUCAUUGGGAAGCUCCUCUUUAAAAUUGGCCGUUGGUUUAGGACAGAAAGAAAUGGUACCCAAAGUACCUUGCCCAACUUGCAUUCAGGUUGAAGGCCGAGUUCAGAAUGUGUCCCAUUUUCCACGGGGAACAUACAGCGUGAUGAACGUGGUUCUCGUUUUCCACAAGCCAAGCCUGAGAGGUCAGAAAUGCCACUUAGCAAGUUAGUCUUGCCCUUCCUAGUGGCUUGAUCCAGGCAUGAUAGCCAGCUGUCAGAUUAGGCUGAGCGUCUCGGCCUGAGUUUUGCAGCAUACAUUCCUAAAGUAGUUAGGCUCAGAGUAGGUGAGAAGAGAGCCGUGAUGCUCAAUUCCACUCCAACCCUCAGGCUACCUCUUCAACCAAUUGUAUUCUUUGCCAAGGAGCUUCCUCAUGAAUUGCUGUUUUGUUGAAGCAGGUGAAGUGAGCUUCCAACACCCAAUGUCAUUUCUGAAUGUUGAAGCAGAAGAACAACCUAGCGUGGGGAUGUUUAACCUUGGCAACUUUUGAGACCCUGGGGACUUGAACUCCCAGAAUUCCCCACGCUGGCUGGAGAAUUCUGGGGAGUUGAAGUCCACAAGUCUUAAAAAGUUGCCAAUGUUGGACACCCCCUGGCUUAAAAAGCCAGUCCUAAGAAAGGGAAGAUGUGUUUAUGUGUGCGUGCGUGCGUUUGUGUUGAAUUAAGAUCCUUUCUACUGCAUCUUUCUAGAUGCAGGAAUCUAUUUUCUGAGGACUUUGGGGGGUGGAAAUGACCCACUAUCUGUUCCUUUUCGUUCCUCUCCGUUGCCAUCCUGGCUACAUGAACUUGGAUAAGCAGAAUUGGGUUUGAGUUGGGGUUUGGUUCUAGCAAUACUUGAUUCUGGAGUUUGAAAGAAAUUUCUUCUCUCCCUCUGUAACUUAAAACAAACCAACUAUGCAGGAGAGGCAGCUGGACCUACAAACCAGGGAUGGAUUCUUAUCCAUGUUCCUUUCUCCCUUGCA